UAGUUGUUGGGUGUCUUUAUUUCCAUAAAUGAACAUUUGAAGAUAUCCAAAAAAAGAUCCAAAUUCACUUAUGCAGAAGAUUUUUUUCAUAAAACAAGUAGUUCUUCCAUUGCUUAUGAUUCUGAUGCUCUAUUAUGUUCUUCAAGCAAGUACUUCGACUGUAUUUGAUCAUGAUCCAGGAUCCGUAUUAUCCGGUAGCGGAAGAACGCUUAGAAUACAGCCAUCACCGCCGUCGCCUAUGCUCGGCCGUUCUUGGCAUUUCAAGUAUGCUCCAACCCCACCGCCGCCGCCUGAGAUUGGCAGCCUAGCCCCACCACCGCCAUAUACUGAAACCUCACCAGCACCGCGCCGCCGCUAAGCGUUCAUGUAUAGUGAUAUAGGUGCGAUAAGUAUGAAUAUUAUAAAUUACUGACGUCGUAGUAAUUUUUGAUUUUUUUAAUUACAUUAUGAGAUAUUGUUAUAUAAAUAAUAAUAUGUUUUUAAUUUUAUUUCA